GACGACGAGUUACAAAUUCCUCACCUUCUUCAAACAAUCCGACCCUCAGCUAGUAUAUUGCUGAAACAGCAAAUCCUGAUUAAACAUGGAAGUCCUGCACGAACCGCCGAAAGCAAGCAGCUUCACCCCUCUCGCCGAACACCAGUCCACCACACCCGCCUCAUUUUACUCUGGCCCUCCAGUCCUGCACUAUUACAGCGACCGCAGCAAAUUGAUCGUGCUCGAGGACGAAGUUGAAUCAAUAUCUGCCUUUACUCCUCUUCUGCAACAUGCGACAUCUGCCUCACAGCCACACUCCAACGCCGGCGAGUCCAAUGGCCACGCUGCAGACACACCACCACAAGCGCCCUCCACCCAAAAAGUCCUCGACGACGUCGAUGUCUGGGUGACUUCCGACAAACUCUUCCUCUUCUCGCCUACCGCCAAUGCAGGUCUCUCGAUACCCUACCCAUCAAUCUCUCUCCACGCAAUCCAAUCGCUCCCCGUUCCUCAACCCUCAGGCUCAUCCACCAACGCACCAGUCCAGGGUCAAGGAGUCUACAUGCAACUCGUUUCCUCCUCAGAAGAAGAAGCAGACGACGAGCCCGACUCCAUCUCCCUAACAAUCAUCCCCACCGCAUCCGGGCCUCCUGACACGCAAACGCAAACACAAUCCGCAGAUGAUGUCGAGCCGGACACAGACGCAAUUGCAGCCGAAGACAAACCCCUCCAAACGCCCAUAAUGGCCAUGUUUACAGCCUUAUCGAAUUGCUCGAACCUUCACCCUGACCCCGUUGACCCCGGAGACGAAGACCAGGACCCCAGCCAAAGCCGUCUGUUCCAAGCAGGCCUCGCCUUUCCUGGUGCAAGCGAUGGGGCCCUACCGCCCGCCAUGCCCGGCAGCGGCGGUUGGAUCACGGCGGAAAAUAUGCAUGAAUUUCUAGACGAAGAAGGGAAUUGGAUCCAAAACGAAGGAGACGAAGAGGAGGCUGAAGAAGGGGCUCAAGACGAUGGUCUAGGCCCAGGUGCGGGCACAGUACGACCCAGGGAAGAGGGGAAUGGCCACGGAGACGGUGAAGCAGGCGAUGGUGCAGAGGAUACCAAGUGGCAGAGAACUUCGUAAUUGCGCCUCGCUGAUCUUGAUUUCCAUUGUCAAGAGAAGAAUACUUGAUACCCCAGAAUUAGGCUAGAUAUCAGACCGUCUUACGUCAAAGCGUAGUAGGCGUCUGUGACAAUGAAAGGUCAAU